AUGCCAGUUCCCACCGAUGGCCAACAACCACCACCACCGCCACCACACCCAGCCAGCGAUGCCUCCUCCCAUUCCUCCACACCCACACCACCCUCCCCGCCCCCGAACAACAAGUCCAUCUUAAGCUUCCAAGCCUCCAAGGACGUCAAACGCUCCGCCAAACGCUACCGCACCGAAAUCUCCGCCUCCACCUCCUCCAUCCUCUCCACCUUCGCCGCCUUCCCCCUCGACUUCGCCAAAUCCCGCAUGCAGUCCUACGAAACGUCCUUCACGGCGACGAUAAAAGAUGCGUAUAAAAUGGAAGGGUUGCGGGCCUUUUGGAGGGGGGUGGGACCGCCGAUCUUCAGUGUGACGAUUGUCAGGACAAUUUCGUUUAGUUUGUAUCAGAAGACGAAGUAUGCGUUGGAUCGCAGCAUUAUGGAGAUCACGGGGAGUAGUCCGCUUGUUGUGGCGAAUGCGCCGGGGAGCUAUCCCACGCUAUCAACGAUGGCGUGUUUUGGAGGUGCGGGCGCGGCGGCGGGGGCGGUUAUUACGACUAUCAGUUGUCCCUUCGAGCUUACGAAGCUGAACGAGCAACUUGCGGGCAAGAUGGCAAGGGAAGCAGCUCUCAAGAAGUCCCCAAUCCCUGGAAGUGGAGAGGCCAGACCCGUGGUGGAUCUGAAGAGCGGUGGAAGCUGGCAGACUGCAAGAAGGCUGGUGAAGGAUCGUGGACUACAAGGACUGUAUGCCGGGUAUAGGUUGCAUUUGCUGAGGGAUACGAUUGGGACGAGUAUCUACUUCAUGACGUAUGAGAGUGCCAAACAACUGCUGGGCAAUGCGAGGGGCAAGAGUGCGACGAGUCCGUAUGCGGUUGUUGUGGCGGGUGGGCUUUGUGGGAUUGUUAGUUGGGCUUGCAUCUACCCAAUCGAUGUAACGAAGACCGUCUACCAGAAAGCCUUGCUCUCUGCGGGAUCGGAGAAGAGGACGAGGCCGGAUAUCAAGUUCUUCCAGACGGGGUCGUAUCGAGGUCUGGGAGUUUCGGUGUUGAGGUCGUGUAUUAUCAACAUGAUCUUCUUCAGUAACUUUGAGUUUAUCAAGAAGAAUAUCAAUGCUUUGGAGGUAGAUUGA